UAAUCCCCUACAAUGCAUUGCGCUGUGACGUCACGAUCCCACAAGAUUGUCGGAACGACGGAGCUCACACGAAACGACAACUGACCUGUGUGUUGAUGAACUCCUCCGUUUGAGUUGCGUUCGCCUCUGUGUGAAAUAUCUGAUGUGGAGCAGAGUACUGGGUCCUGGUGUGGUUGGCAGAACAGCUCUCUGUUGGAGGAGUCUCUACACCAUGCAGCUGAAGACCGGCGAGUUCCAGUCUCUGUUCACCGACGGGCUGAAUGGACUCGUAGAGAUAUUUGGGAAACACAAGCAUGAGCUGAGGAUCGCCGGAGGCGCUGUGCGGGACCUGCUGUCGGGGAAGCGGCCAGAAGACGUGGACUUUGCCACGACAGCCACUCCAGAGGAGAUGAAGCUCAUGUUCCAGAUGGCUGGCAUCAGGAUGAUCAACAAUAAAGGAGAGAAGCAUGGGACCAUUACAGCAAGGCUACACAAUGAGAACUUUGAGGUGACCACGUUGCGGGUGGAUGUUGAGACGGACGGGCGUCAUGCAGAGGUGGAAUUCACCACUGACUGGCUGAAAGACGCAGAGCGGAGAGACCUCACCAUCAACUCCAUGUUUUUAGGUCUCGAUGGCACAUUAUACGACUAUUUCAAAGGAUACGAAGACCUGCAAAACCGCAAAGUUCGGUUUGUUGGGAGCGCCGAGCAAAGAAUCCAGGAGGACUACCUGAGAAUACUGCGAUAUUUCAGGUUCUACGGCAGGGUGGCUUUGGAGCCUGGUGACCACGAGCCUGAGACGCUGACCGCCAUUAGGGAAAAUGGCCACGGACUGGCAGCAAUAUCAGGAGAGCGGAUUUGGGUGGAACUGAAGAAGAUGGUGGUUGGUAACCAUGCGGCUCAUCUGCUGGAGCUGAUGUACAGGCUUAAACUGGCCCAGUACAUAGGUUUACCUCCAGGUGGCGAUGUUGAGGUGAUGAAGCAAGUGUGGCAGAACGCUAAAGACCACUCUCCCAAGCCCAUGACCGUCCUGGCUGCUCUCUUCCACUGCCCCAAGGAGGUGGAUAAGAUGGACUUUCGACUGAAGGUUUCCAGGGAGGAGAAGAAUCUGGCUCUGUUUCUGGUCAAACACAGACGGGAGCUGUGCAAGAGCAGAGACGAGCCGCACAGCUCCAAACCCUUCACUGACUUCAUCAUUGACAGUCGGGAGCUGGAUUCUCAGGCCAAAGUUUGCGAGUUGCUGAAGUAUCAGGGCGAGGAGAAGCUGCUGGCCGAGCUCAGCAGGUGGUCCAUCCCUCGAUUUCCCGUCAGCGGACACGACCUGAGGAGGAUGGGCGUCGUGUCGGGAAAGGAGAUCGGCGCCACUUUACAGAAUCUCCGCGACAUAUGGAAGACGAGUCGCUAUCAGAUGGACAAAGAGGAACUCCUCAGUUAUGUAAAGCCUUGAAUCAACAUGCGCAAGUGUUUUUGUGUCACACGCCGGUGAUGGUCCACGCACCCGACUCUGGAACUGUGCUGCUCACAGGUAUCGAUCAAGCACACCGGUGAGCAUUGUUGACGGAGGACGCUAAAAGAAAGAGACAUGCAUACCCAUUGAUGAAAGCAAUUUCAUUCUAAAUUACCCUAGGGGCCCGCUUGUGUUCGUCUUCAUCGCCCACAGCUGCCACAUUAUGGGAGCACGUGUAAUGGAUGGCGGCAGCUGAAUUCACCACAUGUGUUAUCACGGAGUCCUGCUGUCAACGUCAGCCCCUCAGAUAAGCGGCUGAUACUGUAAUGAUGCCGUUUGAAUUCCAAACUGCAUCACUGGUUACACUGGUGGGGGGAUGGAAGGUGAAACAGGUCGUAAUCUCGUUAAUGAUGAAGUACAAUCUCGGUUACUAAAAAAAGAAUAUUUAUUUUUAUUGUUGAAACAGACGUUUGGCUGUGAUGGCUGGUUUUCUCCUUUUAGUUUAACUGCACUUAGAGAAUAUCGAAUUCCUUGUUUUAUGUUUUCAGUGAAGAAAAUGUGUGUUUUGUCAAAAAGGUUGUACUUUUUAAUUAAAGAGAUGGACACAGCGA